AUGGAUUUUUCAAUGGAGAGCUCUCAAGGUUUUAACAAGGAUCAAGAUAGUCAAAAGUUCAAUGAGGAAAAGCCAUCCUACAACCUAACUUUUGAUCAGCAAGGGCAACUUGAAGCAUUUUUCGAGCGGUGCCCAAAUCCAGACGAAACCCAGAGAGAUCAAUUAGCCAAGGAGCUUGAGCUUGAGCCGAAACAAAUAAAGUAUUGGUUUCAGAACAAGAGAACUGAAACAAAGAUGUCUCUCCCUGCGUCACAGGCUCCUACCCUUGAAGAGGUGAACCAAGAGAACAAUAAUUGUGAUUCUGAUCAAGCUGAUGCAACUUUGAAUGACAAUGGAAUCUGCGACCCAAUGAGUGGAAGUGAAGAAUCUCCAGAGAUGGAAAAGGCACAGAUAUUAAAGGUUGCAACUGCUGCUAUGGAAGAACUCCUUAGGCUUACGAGUGAACCCUUUUUAUGGGCCAAGUCUUCAGAUGAUGUAGGAUUUGUGCUCAUUCGUGAAAGAUAUGCAAAAAUGUUUCCCAAGGUUAACGAUAGUUUGGAAGGUCCAGAUACUCAUGAAGAGUCUUCAAGAGAUUCAAAAAUAGUGAGGAUUGGUGCGAUGCAAUUGGUUGAAAUGUUUUUAGAUUCGGACAAAUGGGUCAAUUAUUUCACACCAAUCGUUUCAAAAGCAGAAACAGUCGAAGUGCUUGAUGCUGGUUCGUUAACAAAUCGAAAUGGAGCCAUGCAAGUGAUGUACGAAGAAAUGCACAUUCUUUCACCUCUAUUGCCAUCUCGGACAUUCUUCUUCCUUCGUUAUUGUCAAGUAGUUGGUGUUGGCGUAUGGGCAAUAGCUGAUGUGUCACUUGAUUCCUUUGGAGGGCACGUUCCUCAUUGUUCUGCUAGGAGGCUUCCCUCUGGGUGCAUCAUCCAUCAACUACCAAAUGGGUCUUCCAUGGUUACUUGGGUUGAACAUGUGAAAGUGAACGAUAGGAUGCAAACAAGCCCCCUCUAUAGAGAUCUUCUUUGUAACAAUAUUGCGUAUGGAGCAAAACGGUGGCUUUUGGCACUUCAAAGAACGUGUGAGAGGUUUGCAUGCACUUCAUCAAUUGAAAAUUCACCCAUUCAUGAUGCUGAAAGAGCGAUAAUGUCAAUUGAAGGAAGGAAGUGUGUCAUUAACCUCUCUAAUCGAAUGGUUCAAAGCUUUUGUAAAAUUUUGAAAUCACGAAAACAGGAUUCUACACCAUUUCUUGAGGAAAACAAGAACGAGAUUAAGGUUUCCAUUCGCAUGAACACAACACCAGGCCAACCGCAUGGCUUUGUUGCCACUGCUAUUACUUCCAUUUCGCUUCCUGUCCCUCCUCAUAAUAUUUUUCGCUUCCUCAAUAGUACGAAAAGACGACACAAGUGGGAUGUUCUUUGCUGUGAAAAUCGAGCGGCUGAGAUUGCGUACAUCUCAAUUGGUGGAGCUAAUGCUGCUAAUCAUAUUUCAUUUAUUCAGACUCUCAAUGCAAGAGAGAGCAACGUGCUGGUUUUUCAAGAAAGUUACAUAGAUUCUCUGGGAUCAUAUGUUGUGUAUGCUCCAAUUGAUGUAACAAAUGCAAGAAGGAUUGUAAAUGGAGAGGGCUCAAUGGUACAUAUUCUGCCUUCAGGCUUUCUAAUAUCAGGAGAUGGUCGUGAAGUUGCUGAAACUUCUAAUGGUGGAAAUGCCAAUCGAUCACGAGGCUCGUUGUUAACUAUUGGUUACCAAAUACUGAUUUCAAGCAAACCAAAAACUCGACACCAAAAUAUGGAAACUAUGGAACUUACCAGUCGACUAGUCAUCUCAAUAGUUGAAAAGAUUAAGAAUGCUCUCAAAUGUUCCGAUUAG